AUCAUGGUUUGUGUUGCUUUCAAAGCCACCAAGCCAGGGAGCUCAUGGAGAAAAUGGCUGGGAGUCAAACUGUCCAAUUCUGUAGUCUUGUUCUGCUCAUCCAUUCAAAUAAUCAUCUGCAUGACUUGGUUGGCCAUUUCUCCUCCCUUUCAGGAACUGGACAUUCACACUUCCCCUGGAACCAUCAUCAUUCAGUGCAAUGAGGGCUCAGCUAUUGGCUUUUACUCAGUUAUUGGGUAUAUGGGGCUUCUGGCAGCUGUUAGUUUUGUUUUAGCAUUUUUAGCUCGGAGCUUACCGGACAGUUUUAAUGAGGCCAAGUACAUCACUUUCAGCAUGCUGCUCUUCUGCAGUGUUUGGAUCACAAUGAUCCCGGCCUAUCUGAGCACCAAAGGCAAAAACACUGUGUGUGUGGAGAUAUUUGCCAUACUCACCUCAAGCGCCGGCCUUUUAGCCUGUAUAUUUCUGCCCAAAUGUUAUAUCAUUUUAUUCAGAUCUGAAAUUAAUACAAAAUCCCAUUUACUUGGAAACAAAUAUUGA